AAACACUUUCUCUGCCCCGCCGAUUUACCUGGAAGAUGUCCAGAUCAGUCCUUGUGUUGAUGGUGUCCAGGUCAGUUUUUGUGUUGAUGGUGUCCAGCUGUCUGGUUAUCAACGUUGCAUGGGCAGGUGAGUAGAACUGAGCAUACAAAUAAUUUUCCGGCACGGUAUUUAAUUUUCCAUAUAUAUAUGAAUCUGUCUCUGCCUUAACGAUAAAUAAGUUUGCCUACUAAAUGUGUAGUCGUGUUAAAAGAGAAGACAUCCCCGCUAUUAGCUUAAAAGUUAUAUUUUCAACAUUUGCGUUAAGAAUCUUUUAAUAUAUUAUUACCGCAAUAAAUAUUCUUGUUACAAGCCGCCCCCACCCCUGCCUCACUGUGCCGUUGAGUGAUGAACAAUUGUCUUUGUGCGAUCCUGGGGCGGCCUUUUCGGACAACUGCAAAUUAUUUAUUUUUUUCGUGGAGGGGAUUUUUUUUUUUUUGGGAGGUGGGGGGGGGUUGGGCAAUGAUUGGCCCUCUUCGGGGGGGACUAACCGUAGCUAAACCCCUGGCUCUUCUCCCUUUAUGCACCACUUGUUUCUCUCCCUGUAUACUUCACUAAACUGCAAAUUAUUUAUUUUUUUCGUGGAGGGGAUUUUUUUUUUUUGGGAGGUGGGGGGGGGUUGCGCAAUGAUUGGCCCUCAUCGGGCGGCACUAACCGUAGCUACACCCCUGGCUCUUCUCCCUUUAUGCACCACUUGUUUCUCUCCCUGUAUACAUCACUUGUUCCUCUCAUCAGCUUUUCUCCAGCUUUUCCUCUCUAUCUCUUACAAGCGUGUUGUUCUACCCAAUCUUUCCUCUUUCUCUACAAAAAUAAAGUUUCAGCUAAGGCCAGUAAAAAAAUAAAGAUAAUGAAUGUAGUUUAAGUUUACAAAUUGUUUGUGAAAUUUGUACAAUAUAAUAUUUUGUAAACCCCAAUUUUAUUUCACAGGUGAAAAUCCUUUUGGAGACUGCGUGGAUUAUUUUUACUGUAUAGAUGUGGAGUGCCCUUACGGGUUUGAAACGAAUGCUUUUGGCUGUUAUAGAAGGACAUGUAAAUGCAAACCACCACCAGUCUGCAAUUCCGUCUACUGUCCGAAUUUAAACUGUCCAUAUGGUCUGGCUACUGACGUCAAUGGCUGCCCAAUUUGUCAGUGUAACCCACCAGUCUGCAAUCCCGUUUACUGUCCGAACUUAAACUGUCCAUACGGUCAGGCUGCUGACGCCAGUGGCUGCCCAAUUUGUCAGUGUAACCCACCAGUCUGCAAUCCCGUCAACUGCCCGAACUUAAACUGUCCAUAUGGUCAGGCUACUGACGCCAAUGGCUGCCCAAUUUGUCAGUGUAACCCACCAGUCUGCAAUCCCGUCAACUGCCCGAACUUAAACUGUCCAUACGGUCAGGCUGCUGACGUCAAUGGCUGCCCCAUUUGUCAGUGCAUAGUAUGUCAGACGGUUAAUUGUCAAUGUCAAUAUCAGACCAUCUGGAGCACGGGCCCCAAUGGUUGCCCGAGAUGCAUUUGUCGAAAUGGGCCGUACGACGUUUAUAUACCAUGAUGAAGCGAUACUUUUUAAGAAGUAUAAUACCCCGUACCUUACAGUACAUAAUAAUAUAAGGUUUGUGACGAUGUAGAAUUUGAACAGAAUAUACAUGUAAGUGAUUAUGUGGACUCUGUAGUAAAAUAAUCGUUUAAACUUACAGGUUUCAA